AUGGCUGAACAAGCCGCCGCUUACACUCCCCUGGAGGUUCCUAUUCCUCCGGUGCCUACCAAGGAGGUCUUCUCCGAACUUCAGUGGGCUACCUUGAUGGCUAUAGCGGAUACGGUUAUUCCAUCCAUUCGUGGCCCUAACGCUCCGAAAUCGUUUACUACCAAAGUGAUUCCACAGGCCCAGUUCGAUGCUGGCCUCUCAUCAUUAACUGCCAACAUCUCCGGGUCUGAUGCAACCGCUCUGGCAACGCAGUAUCUAGAAGAAAAUGCCUCGUCAAAUCCUCGUUUCCGACCGGGGCUACAGCGCCUUAUCUCGGAGUAUGUCCAUGAGGAAGGCAGGAAUGGGCUUAGCUUCAUAUUGAAUACGCUAAACACGAGGGCUGGUUCUUUGCUUUUGACGGGAUCAACCACCCCUAUACAGGACCAGCCGUUCCAUGUCCGGGAGAGAAUAUUUCGCGGCUGGGAGACAUCGAGGCUAAAGCCUCUGCGCGUCAUCUACCGGGCACUUUCAGCCAUCUGCAAGAGGACAUGGCUUACGUAUAGCCCUACGUAUUGCCCGACCAUUGGAUUCCCCCGUGUCCCGGUGCACGGAAGUCCCGCGGAUGGUUUCGAGUACGAGUUCCUGCAGUUCCCGUCGGGAGAUGGACCGGAGACAAUCGAGACCGACGUUGUCAUCGUCGGAAGUGGCUGUGGAGGUAGCGUAGCUGCCAAGAACCUCGCCGAAGCAGGCUAUAAGGUUAUAGUGGUCGAAAAGGCCUAUCAAUACUCAACAAAGCACUUCCCAAUGAAUUUUAGCGAGGGGUCGGUGAGUGGCGGCACAAUCAACUGGUCGGCAGCUCUUCAGACACAGAACUAUGUUCGUGAGGAAUGGGCGAAGGGCGGCUUGCCAUUUUUCACAUCACUGGAAUUUCAGAACUCCCUGGAUCGCGUGUGUGAUCGGAUGGGUGUCAGCGCAGAUCACACGACUCACAACAAGCAGAACCGUGUUCUCCUGGAAGGAGCGCACAAACUAGGCUAUGCAGCGAACCCUGUACCGCAAAACACCGGUGGUACAGAGCAUUAUUGUGGCCAUUGCACGAUGGGGUGCCAUUCGGCGGGCAAGAAGGGUCCCACGGAAUCGUUUUUGGCGGAUGCUGCCCAUGCUGGAGCCACCUUCGUGGAAGGCUUCCGUGCAGAAAAAGUCCUGUUCACCGAGACCAAGGGUGGCAGGGUGGCCGCGGGAGUAGAGGGCACAUGGACCUCACGGGACGCAUACCUCGGGGUGUCCGGAGCUAGUGGCGUGAAGCGCAAGCUCAUUAUUAAAGCGAAGCGGGUUGUCGUGUCUUGCGGCACGCUGCAAAGUCCCCUCCUGUUGCUACGCAGUGGUCUCAAGAACCCCCAGAUUGGUCGAAAUCUUCAUCUCCAUCCAGUCGCUAUCUCGGGAGCCGUGUUUGACGAGCAAACUCGUCCGUGGGAAGGAGCCGCCCUGACCGCCGUUGUCAAUGAAUUUGAGAACCUCGACAAACAAGGCCACGGAGUCAAGAUCGAAUGUCUCACAAUGCUGCCUCCGGCCUUCCUUCCGGCCUUCCCCUGGCGGGACGGGCUGCAAUGGAAGGAAUUUGCGGCCAAGCUCCCCCACAUGGCCGGCUUCAUUAGCCUUACGAAGGAUCGCGACACUGGCCGCGUAUAUCCGGACCCUGUCGAUGGACGACCCCGGGUAGACUAUACAGUUUCCGCCUUCGAUCGCAAGCAUAUUCUCGAGGCACUAGUGGCUACAGCAAAGAUAGCGUACAUCUCCGGGGCUAAGGAGUUUCAUACUUCGAGCCGUGAAAUCCCGCCUUUUAUCCGGCCCGAGGAUGCAUCGGACCCUACAUCGCCAGAGGGCACGAACAAUGCUGCCCUUCAGGCAUGGAUUGCGGAAGCCCGGAGCAAGACCCUCGACCCCGAGAAGACCACGUUUGCCGCGGCGCACCAGAUGGGUAGCUGUCGCAUGGGCAGCUCCCCGCGGACCAGCGUGGUGGACCCGGAUUGUCAGGUCUGGGGCACACGCGGAUUGUACGUGGUCGACGCAUCCGUAUUCCCCAGCGCCAGUGGCGUCAAUCCCAUGGUAACCAACUUGGCCAUUGCCGAUUGGGCCAGCCAGAACAUUGCCCGGUCGUUGAGCAAGGAGGGAGGCGUCAUGGCGCGUCUUUGA